AUGAUUUUAUUACAGUUAACAGUUAUUGGUUAUUUAAAUACAGGAAAAACGUCAAUAAUUAAUUCAAUCAUGAAUAAUGAUAUUGUUUACAAAUAUACACAUACUGAUAUGCCAAUGAUAUAUUAUAAAGUACACAAAGAUAGACAUAGAAGUUUUUGUGUUGAAAUAGAAGAUACUUGUCUUGAAAAAGAUAUAAAUAGUUUUACUAAUAUGCUAAGAAAAGAAAUAACAACAAAAAAGAAUAGUUUGAAAAAUCCAAUAUUCAGUUACUUUGAAAAUCCUGCAAUUCCUUUUAAUAAGGAUGAUCCAUAUAAUUCAAUUAGUUAUGGAAGAAUGGCAUACUUUUUAGUUUUUGAUUUAACUAAUGCAUCUACAUUUGAUUAUGUUAAAAUGAUUUAUUUAAAAAUGUCCAGUAUAUAUGAUAAAUAUUAUACUCUAAAACCAUUUAUAUCUCUUGUAGGAAAUAAAUCUGAUUUAGUAAAUGAAGAUAAUGAAUUAAUUAGACAAGCAGAAAAUUUUGCUAAUGAAAAUAUGGUUCAAUUAUGGUUAACUUCUGCUCAUACAGGAAAAAAUGUGAAAAAGUUAUUCCUUCAUACAAUUAACAUGAUUUACAACAAUACUAAUUUAUGGAAAUAUGACAUAGAAGAAUCUGGUUCUGAAUCAUCAGAAAGUUAA